AUGGAAUUGUUUCAGAUGCUUGGUAAUUUAAUCACCAAGUCAUCUGCAAGUCAGCAACCAACAUCUAGCUCAGCAUUAUCCCAUCCACACAUGCACCCAUUACAAUAUAACAGCAGCCAAACAUCACAUUCAAUGCCUAGCACAAGGCAACCCACAACUACCGCUGCAUCGUUACGUCCGCAUCACAUGCACACAUCACACCAAAUGCCCAACCCAAAGCAACCGACAACUACCACUGCAUCGUCGCGUCCGCAUAACAUGCACGCAUCACAUCAAAUGCCCAACUCAAAGCAACCCAUAUCUACCUCAGCAUCGUCCACUCCGCAUCACAUGCACCCAUCACCCAACUCGAUGACACCAUGGGAUCAUGCAAGAGAUUAUGAGACACUAGUUUUACCACCUCGACCGCGGCUAACCAAUCGGCAAGAUCCACCCAAUCCAGACCAACCAAGUACUACAAUGUUGCAAAGUUUAUUUAAACCCUGGCAGGGUUUGUAG